UGGCGAGGCGCGUCCCGCCGCAGCCCACGGUCACGUGGGUGGCGCGUGGGCGGGGCCUGAGGGCGGCCGGCGGUGGCGGCGGCGAUGGCGGCGGAGCGCGGGGUGGCCAUGGCCACCUGCACGGCCCCCGUGAACAUCGCCGUCAUCAAGUACUGGGGUAAGCGUGACACCGACCUCAUCCUGCCCAUCAACUCCUCCCUGAGUGUGACUCUGCACCAGGACCAGCUCAAGACCACCACGACGGCGGCCGCCAGCCGGGAUUUCACGGAGGACCGGCUGUGGCUCAACGGGAAGGAGGCGGAUGUGGGGCACCCGCGGGUGCAGGCCUGUCUGCGCGAGGUGCGGCGCCUGGCCCGGAAGCGCCGCGGGGGCGGGGAGGACACUGCUGCUCUCAGCCUCUCCUACAAGAUCCACAUCGCCUCCGAGAACAACUUCCCCACGGCCGCCGGGCUCGCCUCGUCCGCCGCCGGCUACGCCUGCCUGGUGUCAGCGCUGGCACGGCUCUAUGGCCUGGAGGAGGAGCUGUCCGAGGUGGCCCGGCGGGGCUCGGGCAGUGCCUGCCGCAGCAUGUUCGGGGGCUUCGUGCAGUGGCAGCGCGGGGAGCGCCCCGAUGGCACUGACAGCCUGGCCCUGCAGGUGGCCCCCGAGACGCACUGGCCGGAGCUCCGCGUCCUCGUCCUGGUGGUCAGUGGGGAGAAGAAGCCGGUAGCCAGCACGGCAGGGAUGCAGACCAGUGUGGAGACCAGUCCCCUGCUGAAGCACCGGGCAGAGGUGGUGGUCCCCGAGCGCCUGGCCCAGAUGAUGCAGCACAUCCGGGACCGGGACUUCGAGGGCUUUGGCCAGCUGGCCAUGAGGGACAGCAACCAGUUCCACGCCACCUGCCUCGACACCUUCCCACCCAUCUUCUACCUCACGGACCUGUCGCGCCACAUCAUCGCGCUGGCACACCGCUACAACGCCCACCACGGCCACACCAAGGUCGCCUACACCUUCGACGCCGGCCCCAACGCCGUCAUCUUCACGCUGGCCGACACCGUGGCCGAGUUUGUGGAGGUGGUGAGGCGCAGCUUCCCCCCUGCCACCAACGGGGACCGGUUUGUCCGGGGGCUGCCUGUGGGCUCAGCCGCGCUGUCUCAGGAGCUGGCGGCCGCCGUGCUCACCGAGCCCGUGCCGGGGGCUGUCCAGUACAUCCUGCACACCAAGCCUGGCCCUGGUCCCCAGCUCGUGGAUGACCCCAGCCAGCACCUCCUGGGAGCGGAUGGGCUGCCCCGGAGCCGUGCCUGACCCCGGUGACACUCUGGGACAGCCGGGACACACCGGGGCCGCUCUGCCGGUGCCACCAGCGGGGCUCGGGACCCUGAGCCAGGCCUGCUGCAGAGCUGUCCCCAGCCCUGGGGCAGGAUGUGACCCCGGGGCUGGUUUUUAAUCUUUUGUAUGGAAAUAGAGGGUUCCUGUUUCCAGUGCUGU